AUGGUUUCUGCUUCCUCAAGCUCUGGCUCUAGUUUGAAUGCUCCAAGAAAGUAUGAUGCGUUUGUAAGUUUUAGAGGCGAAACCCGCAACAACUUCACCAGCCAUCUUCAUGCUGCCCUCAACCGAGAAUUUGUUUUGUCCUUUCGUGACGAUAAGCAGAUAGAGAAAGGUGAUGAAAUCACGCCAUCACUCAUCCACGCAAUCAAGGAUUCCAGUGUAUCUAUCAUAGUCUUCUCAAAAGACUACGCUUCCUCAAGAUGGUGCCUGGAUGAACUCGCCCAAAUCAUGCGGUGCAGAAAGGAUGAGGGCCAGUUUGUUUUACCCAUCUUCUACAAAGUUGACCCCUCACAUAUUCGAAAGCAGACCGGAGCUUAUGAGAGGGCAUUUGAACAACAUGAGAAAGAUUUCAUGCAUGAUCCAGAAAGAGUGAACGGGUGGAAAGCAGCUCUUUCCGAAGCUGGCUCUUUAAGCGGCAGGCACUGCCAAGACUUCACGGAUGAAUCCAAUUUAAUUCAAGGAAUUGUCACUGAUGUCAACACAAAACUGGAACAAAUACAUAAUUGUCGACAAACAUUAAAAGAUGUGAUUGGAAGGGAUGAAAUGAUCAAACCCAUUGAAGAGUUAUUGGGAAAAUCUCAGAGAGUUGGAAUUUGGGGGAUGGGCGGUGUGGGUAAGACCACAAUGGCAAAUGCUGUAUUUGCCAAAUUAUCUUCUCAGUAUGACACUUGUUGCUUCUUAGAAAAUAUUAGGGAAAAAACAGAAAAAAGUGGAUUGGGAAGUGUUUGUAGCUAUCUUGUCUCGAAGCUGCUAGGGCAAGAUAUGCCAAGUAACCCAUCAAAUGGUUUAAGAAAUGCCUUUGUUACCAGAAGGCUUGGUAAGAAAAAAGCUUUAGUUGUGCUUGAUGAUAUUGAUCGUUCUGACCAAUUAGAGGGUUUGCAAGAUAACAUGUGCAAUUUCUUAGGAGAAGGUAGUAAAGUUAUUACAACAACAAGAAAUAGGUAAUUGCUUCGAGGAAAAGGUUAUGAAAUACAUGAGGCCAAGGGACUGAGUUAUCAAAAUUCGCGUCAACUUUUCAUCUGCAAAGCCUUUGGAUCAGACCAUCCAGGACAUGGAUAUGAACAGCUCAUAGAAGGAUUUAUAUGUUAUACCCGACACAGUCCCUUAGCUUUAAAAGUUUUGGGUUCAUAUGUUCACUGUGAAGAUAAAAGUUUAUGGGAUGGUUUGCUGAGAAAACUACAAGGAGGGUCUCCAAAUGACAAAAUUCAAGAGGUUUUAAGAUUGAGUUAUGAUAAGUUAGCCGAUGAAGAGAAGAAAACUUUUCUAGACAUUGCAUGUUUCUUAAAGGGUGAAAGUGAAGGAUUUGUAGAAGAGCUAUUAGAGAGCUAUGGAUUCCAUCCAACUGUUGGCAUACCAAUCCUUAUAGAUAAGGCUUUAAUAGUCAAGAACAAUGGGAAGGUUGAGAUGCAUGACUUAAUACAGGAAAUGGGUCUGC